AUGGAUGAUGGUUAUUUACAGAAUCAAUGGGCACAAGCUAGUGGUAACACAAAUUUAGUUCCAUUAAAUCAUUUACGAAACAGUUACCCUAUCGAUAUAAAUCCAAAUCGUCAAAGUAUUUAUUCAUCGCGUGUGUCAAUGAUGCAACCACAGUUUGGUAGAGUGAAUCCGAAUGCAUGGCUACCAACAAAUAUAAUGAUAGAUGCUGCACCAGCAAAAGGUUCAACAUACACACAAACAAAAAAGCUCUGUAUAUUAGGCUCUGCGAUUGGUUUACUAGUCGCUAUUGCCGCACUGGGUCCGGUCUUAGUUUGGUCAUUGACAAAAUCAAGUAAUGGUGUACUCGAAAAGAGUUAUUGUUCGAAAGCAACUCGAAUGCAACAACAGCAACAAUGUACAGUCUACUACGUUCUGGCCGAUUCCACACGCAAUAUCGGUUCUCCUAUCAGUUUAAAUACUUACGGUGAUACCACCUGCUAUAAUUUCGUCACAAACUGGUAUCGAAUUAUGGGUAAUGCCGGUACAAUGCUUGCCACAAAUCCGACUGUCGCUUAUCAAUGUGGUGCACAGUAUCCGGGAUACUAUCAAGGUAGUCAUCCAACAAUUGCGGGACAAACAACUACUGGUUCAGUGUGUUUUGCUACUGGCACAUCCUGUUGGUAUCCAACAACAAUUAGUGUUACGCUAUGCAAUGGUUACUAUCUACAACGUGUUAUAUGUCGAAAAGUUGUCUUCUCCGAUGAUCCCCGAGAACGUGCAUUGAAUAUCAAUGAGCCGACCGACGCAAUUGUCGCUCGUGCAUUUGUACGGUAA